AUGAGCGUGGCAGAGCGACUGCGGGCGUUCCGCUACACCACCAGCGCGCGCGAUAUCCCGUGGGCGCACCUGCGCGGCGUCGACGUGGCGGCCCAUCGUGUGGGGGAGCCGGACCUCCACCUCAUGAAGAACUUGGUUUCUCUAGUCUCGGACUGUAAUCUCUCCAAAGCAACAUUCCCGACUAUAAGGUCAGCGGAUGUGUGCCAGCUCCUUAGUGUUUUGCAACUCGCCUUGCAGUUCACACUGUGGUCGCAGUCAAUUCUCAAGGAGCAGCUGGUUGAGAAGCAAAGCGGCGCUGCGGUGCAGCGCGUCCACUCGCAGUACGUGGAGGGGUUAGAAGCGAAACUGGACGCCUCACGCCGAGAGGCCCUGAAGCUGCAGGAGGAACGUGACACUAUUCAGAUGGCCUGCAGGAGCCUCGAACACCGCCUCACGCAGGCUGAGGCAACGGUUCGCUGUCUAGAGAAGGACCUUCAGUUCGAGCGAAAGCGCCUACAAGAGUCACUUUCCCUUGUUCUGAAAAAUCAGAGGCAGGAGGAGGGGCAUCAAAAGGACGUGCCACCCGCACCGCAUCUGUCUCCACCUGAAUCGAAGAAAAGCGUCACACAAGAAGAGGAUGGGGCAUCCGGGUUGCGCCGUCGGCACGAGGGUCAUCACAAAAGAAGGGCACGUCAACGCCGAUCGUGGCGUGGCGACACCUCCACUAGUACAUCCUCCUCUGCCUCGUUAUCCUACAGCGGUGAGGCAGCGCGGCCAGGCAGGGGAAGCCACCGUCGCGCUGAAUGGACAGCGCUGCGACGGGUGCUACGUGAACAGCGGGCAGAAGCAGCUCCGUCGCAUUUGCCCCUCUCAGACGAGAAUACCACGAGAAAGAGCGAGGCAGCAAUCCCCACUGACGCACUGAAUGCACUCCAUGAGGAGAUUGAGGCAGCACAGGCUCGGAUAACAGCAUCAUGCGAAGCAGCACGUUGCUCUCUUGAAAAUGCGGCUGAAAAUAUCCUGCAGCGGACUGAAGCGAUGGCCAAAAAAGCAAAAGACUAUGUGGACAGUUUCCAGUCAUCGUUGGCACAGCAACAGACACAAGGGAUGCAGGGUGUCAAGGACUUCUUCACACAAUGUCAGACGAACGCCCAAUUAAUGAUGGAGGCGCAGUUGGCCAAGAUGAUAGAUGGGCUGAAAGUGGAGACCCUGCAGCAGCAGCAACAACUACAACAACAACAGCAGCAGCAGCAACCUCAAGCAUCUCUUCCAUCACCUUCAUUAGUACCGGCCAAUGAAUCAGGUGAUGUGAGCGAGGCGACGUGCCAACACUGCCGUCAGCGUCUCCCCACCACAGAGCUAGACGCACAUGAAGAGGAGUGUGAACUUCGCUUGUUGAAGUGUUCGCAGUGUGGACAGGCUGUUGUUGCACGCCUUCUCGCGAAGCACAAGUGUACCAGCGGGACCCAGAGUGAGACAGAGACCCCUUCAAACACGAGCCUCUUCCGGGCAUCUUCGUUGAUGCUGCAGCAAACGCAAAGAGAGUUGCAGAUGCUGCUGAAGGAAGACAGUGAGAAAGAACAGAAUGAGGAAGGGGGUCACGGGAGCCCGUUAUAG